AGCAGAAGCAGCAGGAUGGACUCCCUGCUUAGUAUGCAGCUCAGUCACAAGGAGGAUGAGGAGGCAGCGACAGUGACAGCAGCGAGGCAGAACUGCAGGGCUAGUGUCAAGAUAAGAGGCUACAUAGAUAGAUGGGCUGGUAUCCCCUCACUUUUUAGGGGCCAUAAAAGCGUUGACCACAAUUCGCUUUUGACCAAGUUACGAACGAUCACUCGAACAAACAACAUGCAGCAAGGAAUUGUCAUCGUCAUGCUCCUGGCCUGCCUGGCGGCCAGCUGUAGCUCCACUGCCACUCCCACAACCCAGAUGUUCGGCCACUCCCGGAUGUUGCAGCUGAUGAGCUCCACCGCCGAGCUGCAGAAGAGCAAUCCCACCCGUUCGUUGGAAUGCUUUCAGUACUACAGCGAGGAGUUCGACAAACACCUCAAGCAGUACGAGUACGAGUACGGCCUCUGCAAGGAUCAGGCCACCGAACAGACUGCCGACCUCUACGCAAAGUACAAUCAGGUUGUAUACAGCCUAGGAAACUCAACGAUAGACGUUUGUAAGGCUCUAACGAAUUGCACCUACGGAGCGAACGCACUCGAUAACUUGAACUGCUACUCCGCUCAGGGCUCUGAGAGUGUGAGGAAUGCGUACAACCUUUCGUCAACAGCUUCGCUGUACUCCGCUGACCUGACGCAGGACAUUCAGCAGGUAACCUUCCGUGAGGAGGGCUGCUCGAACAGCUCGGCGCGUCGCUACGAGGCCCGCCUGGACCAGACCUACAUCGAUCUGCAGAACUGCCUAUCCGGUGCAAUCCCAGUGCCAGCCCAAACUUCAACCCCAACCCCAAGCCCCCCUUCAACCACAACCCCAAGAACAACACCAGCUCCAACCUCAAGCGGUAUACCAAGCUCAUCAACAGCCCCAACUACGAGGGAAAGUACUUUAAGUACUAGGAACUACCCUGAGGCCUCAACUGAUGGGGGCAGUACUAGCCACCGCAAGAAGCACGGAUUGGCAUCGAAAAUCGGUAGCAUUAUCAAUCAUAUUGUCUAAAUUAUAAAUAAACUAAAGAAAUGCA